UAAAACACCUACUAAUUUCUCUGUGUUCUUCUUCUUCUUGAUAUUGUAUUUAAUAUUACAAUUAUAUCUAUUAUCUAUUAAUAAUAUUAUAACUAUUUAAAAAAUACAAAUAAUAUUAUAUUUGAAUCGAUUAGACAUAGAUUUCAAAUACCUACUUAAUUAACAGUUAUGUGUAUCAUAUUCAUUAGUAGUGUACAACACAUAAAUGAUGGAUAUCGUUUGAUUAUUGCUUCUAAUCGAGAUGAAUAUUAUGAUCGUCAGACGUUGCCAGUAAACUAUUGGUUAGAGGAUAAGAACAUCAUUGGAGGACGGGAUUUGAUGUCAUCAAAUGAAGGUGGUACUUGGUUGGCUUUAAACAUCCGAGGUAAGUUGGCUGCUUUAUUAAAUGUGUUUGAAUUAGAUAAAAGACCAAAUGCUAAAUCUAGAGGCCAUCUGGUUAAGAACUUUGUAAAAGGCAAUACUUCAACCCUAGAAUAUUUGCAAGAAUUACAAAGUUCACAAGAUAUGUAUAAUGGAUUUAAACUGAUUACUAUUAACAUAAGCAAGCUAUCUUUAGAAACACAUUUCUUUACCAAUUAUGUACAAGAUGAAGGACCAGCAUUGAAACACAUACAAAAUGGUGUACAUGGAUUUGGAAAUGGACCUUUUUUAAAAGUGGCUGAGGGAGAGAAACUUUUCAAUGACAUUGUUAAAAAAUAUGGACAUAGUAAUCAUAAAGAUAUACUAAUCAAAGAACUGCUAGGAUUUUUGAAAUGGGAUAAGCUACAUUAUCCUGAUGAAGAGUUGAUCAAACGAACUCCAAAAUUUCCUGGAACUGAUAAUCAGAAGAAAUUUAGUUCCAUUUUUGUAGAAAUGCCAACUCGUCGUUACGGUACUCGAACACACACAAUAAUACUAAUAAAUCAUGAUGGAAAAAUAGAAUAUAACGAAUGGACCAAAUCCGGUUCAGUUUGGAAUCAUCAAUGUUAUACAGACACUCUAAAAUCUGAAGUAUAGAAUAUUGUUCUAUAUAUUAGUUUAUAUAUUCUUUAAAAUAAAAACUUUAAAAUUAA